AUGGAAAUAACAUUAAAGGAACUAAAAUGUGCACAUGUGAAACUGAAAGCUCUUUUACCUCGUUCUCAAACGGUGCUCGGAUUUUUAUGGCAGACUCUCAAGAGCAGUCAGUCUGACCCGGUGAAGAUUUUCGUGAACCAAUGGCCUGACUUCAGUGUUGUAGUUUGCAAACCCCUCUGUCAGCAGGAAGGCGACUCUUUCAAAGACAUACUCGUUUUUGCAAAAGAUGAAGUGAGAUUGGAAGAGAUGAUAAGAAACAAUGUCUUAUUUGAUUGGUCAAAGUACUUCUGUAUAGGCACCAAUCUUGACAAUAGAAGGACCUUUUCCGCAGUGGCAUCAGAAAAGCACAUUUCAUGCAGAUAUCUGGCAGUGUGUAACAUGCUAAUCCUAAGAGACAUGUCCCACCUCCCUGAUGUCAAUUGCGCUGGAAUCACUCUUGGUUCUUUGGAUGAAUCCCACAUUGAAAUGGUCAACAGGACAUGGAAGUUUGGGCAGAAAGGUUCUUUGAGGAUGAUUCAGAACAUGGUGAGGAACUUCCCCUCCUGCUGUGUCUUGGAUGAAGGUGGAAGACCGGUGUCGUGGGUUUUAACAUAUGCUUCCAGUGCUAUGGGCAUGUUGUACACCACUCCUGAGCACAGGGGCAAAGGAUACGCUAAAGUCGUGAGUGUCGACACCGCACCUCUUCUCUGA